AUGGAGCUGGACCUUGAUUGGCCCAUAGCCUCACUCAGCUCAGCUGUUCUCUUGGUCAUGGGCACAAGAUGGACUUGCCAUGGACCUUUCCUACUUGUUCUCUUCUGUUAUGGGCAGCUCUUGCCAUGGCUCAGUACCAAGGUCAUCAGAGCUUAGGCAGGUUCUACAAUGAGACCGUGGCAAAGGCGUUCCUGCAGUUUUAUGACCAAACUGCCCAAAUUGUGUGGAGCCAGUUCAUGGAGGCCACCUGGAACUAUGUCACCAACAUCACCAAGAAAAAUCGGGAGGAGAUGCUGCACAAGGACUCAGAGAGAUCCAAGCACAUGCUGUACUUUGGCACCCAGGCCCGCCUGUUUAAGACCUCCAGGUUCCAGGACCCGGAUGUGAAGCGCCUGCUGAGUAAGCUGCUGAACAUAGACAAGGCGGCCCUGCCCCAGGACGAGCUCCAGGAGUACAAUCAGCUUCUGGCCUACAUGGAGACGACAUACAGCAUGGCCCAGGUGUGCCUGAAUGAGGGACCCUGCAUGCCCCUGGAGCCUGACCUCCAAGAAGUCAUGGCUACCUCCCGCGACCAGAAGGAGUUGCUGUGGGCCUGGCAGGGCUGGCGGGAUGCUGUGGGUCGUCAGCUCCGUAUCACCUUUGAGCGCUAUGUGCAGCUCAGCAACAAGGCUGCUAACCUCAACGGUUACAAAGACAUGGGGGCCUUGUGGCGGUCCAAGUAUGAGUCUGAAACGCUAGAAGACGAUCUGGAGCAGCUUUACCAGGAGCUGCAGCCACUCUACCUGAACCUCCACGCCUACGUGCGCCGGGCCUUACAUCGCCACUACGGGCCCGAGAUCAUCGACCCAAGGGGGCCCAUCCCUGCCCACCUUCUGGGGAACAUGUGGGCUCAGUCCUGGGUGAACAUCUUAGACCUGGUCCUGCCCUUCCCAAAGAAACCCCCUGAGGAUAUCACAAAGAUCAUGAAAAGCCAGCACUGGAAGCCCUCAAAAAUGUUCGAAGAGGCUGAAAAGUUCUUCACCUCCCUGGGGAUGCUUUCUACCCCUCCCAGCUUCUGGAAAAACUCGAUGAUGGAAAGGCCAGCCGACGGGCGGGAGGUGGAAUGCCAUGCCUCUGCCUGGGACUUUUACAAUGGCAGGGACUUCAGGAUAAAGAAGUGCACCGAGGUGACCGUAGAAGACCUGCUCUCCAUCUUCCACCAGAUGGGCCAUAUCCAGUACUUCCUGCAGUACAGGAACCUCUCUGUGAUCUUCCGCGCAGGCGCCAACCCAGCCUUUGAAGAGGCCGUGGGGUCAGUGAUCACCCUCUCAGCCUCCUCCCACAAGCACCUGCUCAACAGAGGCCUUCUCAGUCACCAGCACCAAGACUCAGGUGACGGGAACCAAGAGGACCGUAGCAGGGCAACCAAGCCUGAGGCUGCAGCUCCGGCCCUCUGGGCAAGCCUAAAGGGAGGGAGAGCCAGGAGCCACCCCCUGACUGCCCCACCUUCCCCAGAGGAGGAGGUCAAUUUCCUGAUGAGCGUUGCCCUGGAGAAGAUUGCCUUCAUCCCUUUCUCCUACCUGAUGGACCUGUUCCGCUGGAAGGUCUUUGAUGGCACCAUCCAGAAGAAUGUCUACAACCAGGAGUGGUGGAACCUCAGGUUGAAGUACCAGGGCCUGUGCCCCCCCAUCCCUCGAACAGAGGAGGACUUUGAUCCUGGUGCCAAGUUCCACAUCUCUGCCAGUGUGCCCUACCUACGGUACUUCCUCAGCCUCGUGCUCCAGUUCCAGUUCCACGAGUCUUUGUGCAAGGCCUCAGGCCAUAUAGGGCCACUGCACCGGUGUGACAUCUAUAACUCCAAGAAGGCUGGGAAGCUCCUGGAGGAUGUCCUAAAGCUGGGUUCAAGCAAGCCCUGGCCAGAAGUCCUGCAGAAGAUAACUGGGCAGACCCAAAUGUCUACAAAGGCCCUCAUGACCUACUUCAAGCCCCUGCUGAACUGGCUGGUCACCGAGAAUGUGCGGCAGGGGGAGAUCUUGGGCUGGCCAGACUUCAGCUGUACCUUUGAAGAAAAAGACACAGAGAAGGUGGCAUUUCUGAAUCUAGAGCUGGACCCUGACCAGGCCAAAUAUGGGCAGUGGGUGCUGCUGGCUCUCAGCUUUAUCAUGUUCCUGGCAGCGCUACUGCUGGCCUACAGGCUAUACUUCCUGGAAAAAAAGUCACUGCCUCAGGCAACCAAUGCUCCGGCCACGGACGCCCAGGCCAGCGGUUCCCGAGAUACCAGCGCACCUGAGACACAGCCCAAGGCCUACUUCCUGGGCAUAGCCAUGGACCCCCGUCUAGUUGCCAAAAGACAGUGGAUCCUGCUAAGCCUCUGCCUCAUCCUGAUGCUGUGCUCAAUCAGCCUGACCAUUCGGGUUUUCAUGCAGCACUACAAGAAGCCUCCGUGGAUGAGAGCUGAAUGGUGGAGCUGGGACUAGACACCCGUAUGACUGCCAGUCUGCAGCCCCCAACAAGGGGCAGCCAGGACAACUCUGCCCCCCUAGGAGGCCACACUUGCAGCCCUCCCAUUCCCCAGCCACAGUGGCCAACCAGGCCCCCAUCAGGCAUCGUGGCUCUGCGUGGCAAAGGCACACCCAGCCCGGGACUCCAAGCCUCUCAUCUGGACUCCAGCAAAAACCUCACUGAGCCUCCUUGUCCAUCCUCUCUCCCCCACCCGCCAUUGUAAAUUUUCUUUCACUGGAAUAUUUCCUUCGUGUCUAACUGCUUAAGAACUUCGUUGUCCAUCAAUUAAAUCUAGAUGUUCAAAAUGG